AUGAAAUCAUCAGAUAAAACAUUUGAAGAUAUUGAAUGGUUAUGUUUCGAUGGAGUGACCAUGUAUUUAUUUUAUACAGGCGGAGUGCUUUAUUAUUUUAAAACAAAUGAUUUUAAAAACUAUGAAUCAUUUACUCCAUCCGUUUUGAAUCCUGAUACACGAGAGCCAAUCAUUAAUCCAAGAAUUUUUUAUGUUGAAUAUAAUAACGGCAAAUUUAUGGGAAUGAUAACGGUUGGAGAUGAUUUUUGCCCUUGUUAUUCAUUCGAUUGUAUCCAAUGGUUCAAAUGUAAUUUAAAUCAAGAUGUUAAAUUUAAAUAUCCAAAUAAUCCUAUUAGAUGUGUUAAUAAUAAAUGGGUACUAAUUUAUGAAGUCAAUCAAAUUUUCAUUAGUGAGGAUGGGAUAAAUUAUUAUAUGUUUAGUAUGAUGUCAUCAGAUUUGAAAAUUGAUUAUACAAGUAAAUGGUAUUACAUUAACAACAUGUGUUUUAUCCUACAAAAUGAUAAAAUUUAUAGAUCAUAUUCAAUACCAUUUGGUCGUUUUGAACAAAUUUUUCAAGCUGAUGGAGACAUUGAAGCUUUAUGUUAUGCUUCAAAUGUUUGUGUUCUUGUUUCAGGUAGUAUGUUGUAUUCAUAUCCUGUAAGUUAUAACAGACAUAUUUAUUUAUCACAAGAUUUUUCACAGGAUCCAGAGAAAACACCAAAUUGGGAAUUGGUUUAUUCAUUCACUCCAAAAUUUACUCGAAAUUAUAGAUUUACAAAUUUGUUUUAUAUUGAUGGGUAUUUCAUUGCUUUUGGAUGUGGUGAUUUAGUAAAUAUCAGUAGUGAUGGAAAAAAUUGGUCUGAAAUCACAAAAUUUCAAGAUGUUAAAAAAGCAAUUUUCAAAAAUAAUAUGUUAAUAUUGAUGACAAUACCAAUUUUAACUUCUUACACGAUUUCAAUAUUAUAUAAUAAAUUCAAUAUUCAUAAUGGAUUAAAUAAGAAAGCCGAUAAGGAAUGGGUUAAUACUGAGUUAAAGAAGAAAGCAGAUAAGGAAUGGGUUAAUACUGAGUUAAAGAAGAAAGCAGAUAAGGAAUGGGUUAAUACUGAGUUAAAGAAGAAAGCAGAUAAGGAAUGGGUUAAUACUGAGUUAAAUACAAUGUUUGAAAUGAUUUACCCCAUUGGUUCAAUAUAUACAUCAAUGAAUUCAACAAAUCCAUCAACAUUAUUUGGAUUUGGUACAUGGCAGCAGAUAACCGAUCGUUUUUUAUAUUGUACAAACUCAUCAAAACAAACCGGUGGAAGUAAAACAAUUACGGGUGAAAAUUUACCUGCUCAUAGUCAUUACGUUAAUUUAAACACAACCGAAGCAGGAUGGCAUAAGCAUAGAUAUUGGGAUUGGUCAGGAAUGACAAAAGGUAAAGGAUAUGAUGUUAAAGAUGACGUUAAAUUUGCUAUUAAUUGUUACUGGAACGAUACACAGGGUUCAGGUAAUCAUACACAUAAUGUUUCAGGAUAUACACAAACGACGGGACAGAGUAAAGAUUACAUGCCGCCUUAUAUGACAGUUUAUGCAUGGUUUCGCACGGAUUGA